AUGCCAGAAACUCCCUCGGCCAAUUCUCAGCAUGAUACUAAAUUCUUAAAACACAUUGGUAUUCUCUAUCAUUCAGAAAAGAUCAAGCAAAUUGCUUGCCGAAUGAUUGAGAAAUUACGCGAAUUGGAUCUCUCUCAAGUCCAUCCAAUCAUUACAUCGGAUGAUGAUUCAUCCAUUCUCAUUCACCAAGAAGAAGAAGAAUUGAAUAGAAUGUUAGGAGCCUUGUAUGGACUCUCAUGGGGAGAUGUUUGUGGUUGUCCUGUCGAAGGAUGGCACUCUCAAGAAGAAAUUGAAAGGCUCUUUGGAGAUCCACACGAAUUGAAUUUAUUCGAUUUUGGGAAAUUAGUGGAGAGAGAUGAGAAUGGCCAUUAUCGAUUGCAGAAUGUGUUUCAAGAAGGAGAAGAACCAACAUGUUACAAGUUUCCAAGUGAUGAAUUGAUUCAAAUCAAAUCUCAAACAUUGGACCAAGAAUCAAAUGUUAAAAAGUAUAAGAGAAAAAAGUCUCCUUUUGAAAUGUUUUUAGGAAAGUGUCGAUUUCCGGGUAUUCAUAGUGAUGAUACUCAACAAGGAAUGGCCCUUAUCAACUCCAUUAUUCAAUACUCUGAGUUGAAUGAAAACGAGAAAUACUUUGGAGAUUUUUGGAAGGAAUGGCUCGUCAAAGGUUUUGAAUGUGUUUCGAGUUGCAAUUUUCCAGUCCAUAAAGAUCAACGUGAAAUGAUUGGUCAAGGAGUUCAAGCCUUCAGAGAUUAUGGAGCGAAUAGUUCGAGAGCUUUCACGAACAUGAAGAAAAAAGUUCCCUUCAAUGAAGCAGGAAGUAAUUCGAGUGGAAUUGGAGGAAUCAUGAGAGGAGGAGUUGCUACUGCUUGUUUUGCUCUCUUUUCACAUUUGAAUGACGAUUCAUUCGUUCUGGAAAAACUUGAAAAGUUUGCAUGUGAACAAAAUUUAUGCACUCAUGCCACUAUUGAAGCGGCUGCUACAUGUUUUGCCACCUCGUUGUGUGCUUACAAAUUCAUGCAACUUGGUUCGGAGAGAGCUGUUGAAUGGUUGUUGAAUCAUUUGGUUGAAAAGGUCAAACAAGUUGAGGAUCGAUGGUGGAAUGAACGUGCUGUCAUUACAUUCGAAAAAGCAGAAGAGGAAGAAGAGGCAGAAACGACCGAAGAAGGUGCAAGUUCAGAAAGUAUGACCACCACCACCGCCACACACGACAACCAAUCCAAGCAAAAAAUCAAGAAGGUUGUCCCAUCUAAACAGAAAAAAAAGAAAUCCUCACAACAUAAUCAUGAAACGAGAGCACCAGAAAAUGAAUUGAAAUGGAAAAUCUACAAAUCUCUUCCCUCGCACAAUGCUGCCUCUGAGUGCUUGGAAGUAUUGUUGAAUAUUAUUAAGAGUUUGAGAGGAACCGAGAAAGAAGAAAGCAUGCUUUUCGAGUUGAGAGAACAAAUUAGUGAACUCGCAAGGAAAUACAAACCAGAAAAGAAGAACAUGAGAGCCCAUGUUAAUCAAGGUUUCUGUUUACUUGCUGGAAUGCACGCCAUUUGUUGUAGUUUAAUUCCUGAAAACCCUGAAAUUAUUUACUAUUGCCAUAAGAAAAAUCCACAAACAGAUCCAUCACCACAACACAAUGAUAGCGUAUCACAGAAUGAUGUCAUGAGACAAUUUCCUAAUCUUGUUUUGAGAUCUAUUAUCACGUUGGGUUAUGACACAGACACCAUUGGAGCCAUUGCUGGAUAUUUAUUGGGUGCACGAUUUGGAAUGAGAUGGAUUCCAGUUCAACUCUUGUUUGAUUAUGAGCGAAUUCGAGAUGAGUAUGCAACGAGAUUGGUGAAAAUUUACAAAAUGAAGAGAAACAUUGCAUUGAAGAAUACAAGUGACGAAGGCAAUGAUGAUGCAACAAGCAUAAGUGUAGAACCUUUGGAAGAUUAUCUUGCACAUGAACAAUUCAACACCUUGAUUGGAGAAUUUUAUCAACAUGGAAUUGUGGAUCGUUUUAUACCUUUUGUUGUCACAGAUCAAAACAAACACAUUUACGGAAACAGCACCAGUCGAGUUUCUCUUCAUUCAUUAGAAAAUAAGAUUCAGUAG